AAACGAAGAUACUGGAUUACUGUUUGUCAAAUAGAGAGUAGUUCUGUGCAUGUUGUGAACUCUAGCUAACCCACAAAGAAGCAGCAGAGCAAUGAAUUUCACAAUACGACACGCCAGGUCAUGUGACUGCGAACAUAUAAUGCGAUUAAUCAUGGAGUUGGCAGUAUAUGAGAACAUGUCAGAGCAAGUUAAAAUUACGUCUAAAGAGCUUGAACGGGAUGGCUUUUCAAACCAUACUUUUUUCAAGUGCUUAGUGGCUGAAGUCCCGGAAGAGCAUCAAACUAAAGAAGGGCACACCAUUGUGGGUUAUUGCCUUUAUUUCUAUACCUACAGCACUUGGGAGGGCUGUGUGAUCUACAUGGAAGACUUGUAUGUCAUGCCUGAAUUCCGAGGUAAUGGGAUUGGAAAAGCAAUGAUGUGCAGAAUUGCUCAGAUGCAGGAAGCCAGAUCCUAAUGCAGGGAAUAUGGUAAGACAAACACUGAAUGGGGACACCAGUCCUAGUGAUGAGCGAAACGAUUUGCGAAAGAGUGAAUUCAAAUGGAAGCUUAAUGUUUCUCUUGGCAAAAAUGUUUCUUAAACAAAUUGUCUUUUGCGUCCAGCCUAAUAUGUGCCAUUUACACAAAAACAUUUUUAAUCCUGUAUUGUAGCAUUUGUUUCAUUGUUUCAUUUUACAAGUGUCUGCCUAUCACGUAGUAUUUAAAUAAGGAUUUCCAGGUGAAAAAAAGUCACCUGACUAAUUUCCUGCCUCGGCCGUAUCACCACUU